UUGGUCUCGUCUAACAAAUAUCACUUUUCCUAUCCACUGUCACUCUUUCAGCUCGGCUUCUCCAAGAGACAAUAACCUGUGAUACGGCUGAGAGAGAGCGUGUGCGCAUCAUGGACGUUCUUAUGCCCUCCAUGUUAGCAGACGAUCCACACCUAAUGCCUGAGCCGGCGAUGCAGAUCUUCGAGCAGCCCAAGCAGAGGGGCAUGCGCUUCAGGUACAAGUGUGAGGGUCGCUCGGCCGGAAGCAUCCCCGGCGAGAAGAGCUCCGACAACAACAGGACCUACCCCAGUCUGCAGAUCCUGAAUUACUGCGGUAAAGGGAAAGUACGUGUUUACUUGGUGACCAAGAACGAGCCGUACCGACCGCAUCCACACGACCUGGUGGGGAAGGACUGUAAAGACGGAUUCUAUGAGGCCGAGUUUGGUCCAGACCGCAGAGUGAUCGCUUUCCAGAAUCUGGGUAUCCAGUGUGUGAGAAGGAGGGAAGUGAAAGAUGCGAUCGUACAGAGGAUUACCAGAGGGAUCAACCCCUUCAAUGUGCCACGUGAGCAGCUGCUGCAGACAGAGGAGUACGACUUGAACGUGGUUCGCCUGUGUAUCCAGGUUUUCCUGCAGGACGAGAACGGCCACUACACCCGACCGCUCAACCCCAUCGUCACCAACCCCAUCUAUGACAACAGGGCCCCAAACACAGCCGAGCUGAGGAUCUGUCGCGUCAACAGGAACAGUGGCAGUGUUAAGGGAGGGGAUGAGAUCUUCUUACUGUGUGACAAAGUACAGAAAGAUGACAUUGAGGUGCGAUUCUUCUCCUCUGACGGCUGGGAGGCCAAAGGCUCCUUCUCCCAGGCCGAUGUUCAUCGCCAAGUAGCCAUUGUCUUCAAGACUCCGUCCUACUAUAACACCUCCAUAACAGAGUCAGUCACUGUGCAAAUGCAGUUGCGGCGACCUUCUGAUCAGGAAGUCAGUGAACCGAUGGAUUUCAGAUAUCUGCCUGACGACAAAGAUCCUUACGGCUACAAUGAGAAGAAGCGCAGAAGAGAGAACUUGAUGAGGAUAUCAGGAUUGUCAGGUGGUACUUUUGCUGGUCUGGCUAUGAACAGGCCAAAGGCGGUGCCACAGAGUACCAUGAGUCACAUGCGGAAAGACCUCAGCAACAUGUACCUGAGGCAACAGCCAACAUCUACGAUGCAGCAACAACCUACUGCAUUCAACCAGCCCUACCAACCAGGCCCUCAGAAUGUAAUGAUGACAUCACAGGCUCCUAAUGUACCAGUCAGUCAUUCAUGGGCAAAUCCCAACCCAGCACUCUCAAUGAAUACAGUCACCAUCAACCCAUCUGGUGUCAUGAGCAAUCUGUCACGUCCUAAUAGCAGCAGACAACAGCAGUCAAACCGUGGACCUGGUUACUCCCACAGAGUGGAGCACAACAGCUUUGAGAAUAACACCCUCCCUCAGCUCUCCAUGAGGGACUUGCAGUGCUUGGAUACAGUCCCCCAGGCCCCUGGAAUGAGCCAGUCAGAGUCCCAGCCGCUCUUUCACCUGCAGCACCAAAGGGGGGAGCUCACCUCUGAGACCCGGGCCCAGAACCAUCUUGGCAACCAGAACCAGGGUCUCCAGAGUGUGUGGCCCAAUUUCAAUUCCCCCAAUCCAGUCCAGAACACCUUUAAUGGGUCAGUACCUGGAGGUGGAGGGGGGUCACAGGGGCUGGGAUCUUUCCCCUUCCUACAGGGAAUGGAAGGGGAAGAUUUUCUGAAGACCCUGGUGGGAGAAGGGUCUCAGACUGGCUUCCAGCUGAAGCAGGAGCCCCAGAACACAGUGGGAGAGACCCAUGCUUCUCUCAUGCAAUCCCCAAGGGAAAGCCAAGGAAAUACUUACACCAACUUGCUUCCUCGUCCUAUGAGCAAUGGCACCAUCAUGGAUCCAAUGAGGCAAGAUGGUAGUGGCAACACCCAGCCUCUUAAAAAUCUUCAAAAUCCUUAUUCAAACAACGGAAUGGCCCCCGAAGGCCACUUUUCAACUUUGGCUGACUGGAUCAAAGCAACUCAGCAAAGCGACUAAAAGAAGUGACAUUUUUGAUGUCAAGUAAUAAACAGAAGCAGCGCCAAGGAAUACAUUGGUCUUGUUUAGCCUUGCAAAGCCAGAUAUUUUGCUUCACCCAUUCUGGCCCAGUAAGGCUCAGUGGGUAUUUGCUUGGGUUAUUACAUCAGUGGGCUUAAGAGCAAAAUUAUUGGCAGCCAAUUGGAUCCAUAACCAGACAAAGGCAUUGUUUCUAGGUGGUACAAUUGAUUACAGACUACUUACAGACUAGACACCAAGAAUGCUUCCUACACCUGAUUGGCCAAACAUGGCUGUCAUUGGUCUUUGCUUCCCAUUAUUAAUCUGGAAAAUCUGGACACCUUCUCCUGAAAAUUAUCAAUCAAAUUUGAUUUCUUAGAUUAGAUUUGAGAUAAGAAAUAGACCAUGUAGUUUCAGAACUUUGCCGCAUUUUAUAUCAAGGAUGCCUUGUUCAAAGCCCCAGUUUACAAUUGGUUUAAGGUGCGAUUCUAUACAGGUUCCACCCCAACCUGUAACCUCUAAAAUGUUGGGGUGUUUGAAGAGAUGCCAAGUUGCGUGGUCGUUCUAAUCGCCCUAAUUCACUAAUUGGUUUGGCCUACAGCUGCUGGUAUUAUGGACCUCAGUGGAUAUUCUCUAGACUAGUCAAUAAAACUGAGCUCACAUGAGUUCAACUGGCUUCUGCAAGGCUAAGACCUGUAUGUGGGUGAACCAUGCCUUAGGUUGUAAUGAUGACCUCAUCAAACGACAUGCUGAUGGUUUCCAAGCCAAAGUUAGAUUUCCGAAGAAAUGAAUGUACUACUUUCUUUCUUUGUCUUUCUCGGGUGAAGUUGGAUUCACUGUCAACAUACUGUAUAAUAAUCAAUGUUUUGUUGGGGUGUUUGACCUUGAAAAAAAUGGGGGUAAAUGGAUGUUAGGGAUUUUGAAAGUACAGCAGAAAAAAAUGGCUUAUUAUCACGGGUUUACUUUUUAUUGCUUUGUAAAGGAUUCUUACAUAUUAUACUGUUUUAUUGUUUUUUUAGCAGAAUAUUUGCUGUUAAGUGCACUCUGUACAUACAUGUUAGCCAUAGUUGAGAGUGAAAGCAAUAACCAUGCUGAAACGCUCAAGAACUGGCAAGGUACUGAAAUUUCCAUUGAGGAAGUGGGAGGAAGCACAUUCAGUGUUGUCUUUCCUUUGUAAUGACUGUGUCAUAGUAGUGAUCACAUGUGUUAUUCAGAUACCAGAUGUUUUCUAGAUAUAGAUGUCAAUUUUGUGUUUUAUUCAUUCAACUGAGCCUCUUACCAGUAGCUUCACAGAGUGCCUUGCUCGAGGACAUUGUGAUAGUACACAUGGCUGAUAAUGAACAAACACUGGCUCUUGUGUGGGUUUCAAAUCUAUGACCUGGAAGCAGCCUGCAGGGCUCUGUCACCUCUAGGCUAGCUCAUCUGAGCAUGUUAUUUUUUUACUUGUAUGCUUUCCAGAAGCUUUUUGGUUUUAAAUGAAAUUAAAUAUUUUGAUAACUACUUUGUAAGAUUUGAUAUUUUUGGAUUUUUCUACGGAAUCAGUUCUUAAUAAACAGAGUUGGUCUUA